CUCGUCUCUCCUGAGUCCUACUCCGCCCUUUCCAGCGCUUGUCUCGUUUCCCCCGCCAUACGCACCGUUCACGAUCCUGUAUCUUCAACGACUGCUGCGCUUGCGAAUAUAGGAUAAACGAGAAAAGCAAGUAGCGAUGCUUGGAGAAGGCUGGUUAUUCCUCUUCUCGGUGCUCUUCGCCGCCGGGCUUCUGUUCACGAUGGUCUUCUUUAUAAUCAUGUUCUCCGACCUCGAAUGCGACUACAUCAAUCCUAUCGACCUCUGCAACAAGCUCAACCAAUUUGUGUUACCUGAAAAUGGUGCACAUGCUUUCCUGACGUUGUUAUUCCUGCUAUCUGGUCAAUGGACGGCGUUCCUGCUUAAUGCGCCGCUGGUUGCUUUUAAUGCUAACAAAACCAUGAACAAAACGCAUAUGUACGACGCAACGGAGAUUUUCCGUACGUUAUCUGGGCAUAAAAAGGAGGCUUUCUUCAAGCUUGGGUUUUAUUUGCUUAGUUUCUUUUACUACCUCUAUCGAAUGAUUGUUGCCUUGAUUGCGGAAAGCGAAUGAAGGUAUCUGCUGGGUGACUGCGAUGGGUGCGUAGCGAAGGAUGUCUGAGUCGAGAGGGGGGGCGUCAGGGGUGGAAUGAGGGGACGCUGGACGGUCAAUCUACAGGGCAAAUAGUCUUCUUUUUACAUCAGUUGCAUUCUGCUGCGAAACCAUGUUUGUUUUGUGUGUACAUCUGGUAGAGCUUAUAUAUUUCAUCC